AUGGCUGAUGCUUGGAAUGGAAUAUAUGUUUUUGUGAAUGGAAUGGAUGCCAAUGGUUUUUCUAAAUGGAAUGGAAUGAAUGCUUUUGUUAAUGAUUUUGUUGCUUGUAAAAUCCUUACAAGAACAGAGAAGAGGGAAGAGGGAGGAGAUGAACCUGUGUUGAAUCUUCAAGGCUGCCUCUGUUCUGUGUUGAAAUCAGUGACUCUCCGACUGCCCCUUUGUUCUUCAACACAAAAUUUAAGUGCUGCCUCUGAUCUGUUUACGUCUUCAACCGAAGUGCUGCUUCUUAGGGAAGAUACAGCUUCCUGGGAAAGAUAUACCCUUAGGAAGGGAGAAUUUGAUAUUUCAUCAAGGGAGCAGCUUGUCUUCGGUCCUAAAUCGGACUGGACGUCUUCUGGUAUUGAUUGUUGCCCCUGGGAAGGGAUUACUUGUGAUCAUGAUGGGCAGAUUACCCAGUUAUGGCUACCCUUUAGAGGCCUGAGUUGUUAUGCAUCUCCCUCACUAACGAACCUUGUGUAUCUCUCUCAGCUCAAUCUCUCACACAAUCAGCUUUCUGGUCCUCUCCCUUAUGGAUUGUUUUCGUCUUUGAGUCACAUCACAGCACUAGACCUGAAUUUUAAUCUUUUUUCUGGUGGAUUUCCGUCUUCACCUUCAUUGUUUUCCCAAUCCAUCCAGAUAAUAGAUUUAUCAAGCAAUAGCCUUAUUGACAUCAUUAAACCUUCAUUCUUUAAGAUUCCUGAUGUUUUAAGGGGAUGUUUCAAACUGGAGGUUUUCCGUGCAGGUUUCAAUUUUCUCACAGGAUUGCUUCCAUCUGAUAUAUACAACACAACAACAUUAACAGAAAUAUCAUUACCUGGCAAUUAUCUAUCAGGACCCCUUGGUGAUGAGCUUGUUCAGCUCUCCAACCUCACCAUUUUUGAGCACUACUCAAAUGAAUUGGAUGGCGAGAUUCCUCAGGACAUUGAGAAGCUUUCCAGACUGGAAAGACUUCCUCUACACUCAAACAAGCUUACUGUCGUUCGACUGGAUGUUAAUGAGCUGGAAGGACAGAUUGUGCCUGAAAUGGCUGCAAUGCAAUCUCUGUCCUUCCUCACACUUUCUGCCAACAGGCUAAUUAACAUAACAGGGGCGAUUAGGAUUCUGAUUGUCAUCCUCUCUCAAAACUUCAUGUAUGAAGCAAUGCCAGAUGGAAAAAGCAUAAUGGAUUCAGAUGGGUUUCAAAAACUACAACUUCUACAUCUUGGGGGGUGCCAGCUUUCUGGAAGAAUGCCAUCCUGGCUUAUUAAGUUCAAGACACUCAAGGUUUUGGAAUUUUCUUUUAAUCAACUCACAGGCUCAAUACCUAGUUGUUUGGGAUCUCCACCCAGACUUUUCUAUCUAGAUUUGGCAUACAACCUCUUUUCAAGUGAAUUUCCUCAAGAACUUUGUAGAUUGUCUGCACUGAUUUCUAGCCACUACGAGAAACAACAGCCAAAGUUUGGUCUCACCAACAUACCACCAACAAUAAGAUUGAGAAAAAACAGCCUAAGUGGCAAUAUCCCUCUUCAGAUUGGUCAAUUGAAGUUUCUUCAUGUAUUGGAUCAAAGUCAAAACAACUUCUCAGGCAGCAUUCCAGGACAAAUAUCUAAUCUUACUAUUAUAACGAAAUUAGACCUCUCUGAGAAUCAUUUGUCUGGAGAAAUCCCAAUGUCACUACAAAAUCUCUAUUUCUUGUCUUCGUUCAGUGUGGCAAACAACAAUAUUCAAGGACAUACCAUCGAGGGGUCAACUUGCUACCUUUGA